UCAUAUACACGCUAUUAACAAAAUACGGCUUCUUUCUCUAGCAAAAUUUCCACGCCUCCCUCUCUGCUUCUUCAACCAAAAUACUAUUUUUUUCCCCUCUUGAACUGGUAAGUUUUCAUAAUCUUUACAAGUAUUUUUUCUAAUAUCUUUUAUAUUCACAUUAUUUUCGGAUGUAUUGAUGUUUUUCAACCUGCUACUGGAUGGAAAAAUUUAUUUUAUGAACUGGGGCAGUACUCAUUAAGCCUUCCCUUCUUUCUCCCAAUGCUGCAAUUAUUAUUUACAGAAUCCCCAAAUUUCUCCUUUGACAUAAUUGACUCUCUUUCCUUGUUUUUCGUAUUUACAUAGUCAACUUUUUUAGAUUGUGAGGCUUCCCCACUUUUCAUCUUUGUGUGGUCAGCUUUAUUGAAUUUUGUUGUGUUUAAAUCUACCCUAAAAAGGUCUUUCUCUGAGGUAGGCCCAUCUAACUCUCUUUCUCUAGCAAAACCAUUCCUAUUGCUCGUGGAAGGGUGGUUUCCUUCCAGGAAUGUUUUAGUUUUUUCAGGAGAUUAGUACCGUGUUUGAAUUAUAAUUUUUAGUCAUAGUUGAGAUUAGUACCAUGAUAGAAAUUAUAAUUUUUGGUCAUAUAGAAAUUAUAAUUUGAGAUUAGUACCGUGAUAGAAAUUAUAAUUUUUAGUCAUAGUUGAGAUUAGUACUGUGUUGAAUUAUAAUUUUUUUAUUAGAUCAAUUUGUUUAGUCAUAGUUGAUGUUUGGUUACUCCUUGUCAAAAACUUGAUGUUUGGCUACUGGAUGGAAAAGUUGAUCUUAUGAACUGGGCAAUACAUGAGACAACUGGUGUAUGCUAUCUUCUCCUUUAUAAGACUCUAUUAUAUUGUUAAUUAUUAUUGAAGAUCUUUUGGAAAAUAUAUGAUAGUAAAUUAUGGUUGCGUCAGUUCAUUUGUUAUAUUUAUUAUUUUUCAAUAUUUCAGCUAUGGAACAAUCUAGUGAAAAUUCAAGAGUGAGUUGGAAAGAUAUGGAUGUAGUAAAGACAUUUUUAGAAAAUUGUAUUCAAGAAGUAUCCUUAAAUGGGAGACUUGGAAGUAGUUUGAAGCCAGACUCAUGAACAAGGUUAAACUAGCUCUAGAGACUUGUCAUCGCUUUAGCGUUCCCCAAAAGAAAAUGAAAAAUUAUUAUGAUUAUCUGAAAGAAAAAUAUCAAGCUUGGUUGCCACUAACUAAAAAGACUGGCAAUAUUUAUGAUCCAACAACCAAUACCUUUCAGAUGUCUAAUAGUGAGUGGGAUGAGUACAUAAAGGCUCAUCCAAAAGCAAAGACGUUGAGGAAUUCACCUCUACCUUUCCUGCACUGUGCACAAAACUUUUUGAGGGUUCUACUGCAACAGGAAUUCAUGGUUGGAGUCCAAGUUGUACCUAUCCUCGACCUGGUGUCUCUUCUGCGUCUACUCCUAUAGAUAUUGAUACGAUUGGUGGAGCUGAAGAUCUAUUUGGUGACAAAAAUGAUGAAGCUCCUAAAGAUUCUCCAUCCCAAUCUUCAUUUUCUGUUGAAAAGAAAGCUUUGGGAAAGAAGAGAAAACUCUCAUCAUCUCAUUUGGAAAUUGAUGAGAAGAUGAGUACUGCAUUGGAGUUAUUGAUUAAAAAAAGUAGUGGACCUGACGUCGAAGAAUGUAUGGACAAAUUACAAGGACUUGGCUGGAAAGAUCCAUUAUACAGUACAACUCUUGCUAUAAUCUGUGAGAGUGAGAGCUACAGGAAAGCAUGGAUGAAACUAGAGGAUGACAAGUUAGAGAAUUGGGUUAAGCUCUUGGGGAAACAAAAGGGACUUCUUUAACUUUGCUAAUUAGCUAAAAUAUGCAUUAGGCGUUGAUAAUGUGAAACCUUCUUUAUUAUUUUUCUACUAGUAUCUAUUAUGCUUAUUGAACUUUUUCGGUAUUAUAUUAUGUUGGAACCAUUUUGGUUAGUGAUAUAUUUUUUAAAUGCCUUUUUUGGGUUAUGCUUGAGAAUUAUGGAUAAUUUGUCAUUAUGUAACUUUUAUGUUGACCAAAUAUAUAACAUGUUAUGCUUAUUAUCGUGUAUUGUACAUUUUCCAGGUUAAAAUAGUUUAGACAUGGACACUGAAGAUCAGAUAUUAUGGUUGAUGAGCUUAUAUUGGUGUAGAAAACGUCUUAGACUCAAGAAUGUUCAAAGAAAUAAAGAUUUAACAUCAUCUUUAUCUGGACAGAGUUACACAUUGGAAUUAUUGUCUGGCUCUAGUCAACAAUGUUUAGAGUUGAUGCGCAUGUCUCGUGAUGCAUAUGUGCGGUUGUGUCAAAAUUUUAGACAUAAUGGAUGGCUCACAGAUAGUAAAUAUGUAUCUGUAGAAGAAAAGAUAGCAAUAUUUUUAUCCAUUAUAGGGCAUAAUGAGCGUUUUGUGGUUAUCAAGAGGAGAUUCCAACAUUCUUCGCAAACGAUUCACAAAUAUUUUCAUGAGGUUCUUGAAGCAAUGAUGAAGUUUGCAAAAGAGAUGAUAUCAUCUACAACAUCCGAUCCAAAUCUAGAUAUUCCCGGUGCUCAUAAAAGGCUACGUAAAAUUUUUAAGGGAGCAAUCGGUGCACUUGAUGGGACAUUAGUACAUGCCAUUGUUCCCACUAAUCAACAAAUUGUUUACAGAGGAAGAGGAAAGGGUAAAUGUUAUCAGAAUGUAUUAGGUAUAUGUGAUUUUAACAUGGUCUUCACUUAUGUUUACGCUGGAUGGGAAGGAGUAGCACCUGAUGCACGAGUUCUUACAGAGAUUAUAUCUAAUCCAGAAAAUGGCUUUCCAUUUCCUCCUUCUAAUAAGUACUAUUUAUGUGAUGCGGCAUAUCCAAACACUCGAGGAUUUCUAGCACCGUACCGUAAUGUUCGAUAUUGGUUAGGAGAUUAUCAGCGUAGGAGGGCCAUAAAUAAGGAGGAAAAGUUUAAUCAUGCUCAUGCACAACUCGAAAUGUUAUUGAACGUGCUUAUGGAGUUCUAAAAGCAAGAUUUCCGAUAUUGGAUAAGAUGCCUCCAUAUUCUAUUGAUGUCCAGAGAGAUGUUGUUGUUGCAUGUUUUGCAGUUCAUAAUUUUAUCAGGAAGGAGCGUAUAAAUGAUGAACUGUUUAAUCAAUAUGAUUCACCUCAGUUAAUAUUUGAUGAGGAAGGAGGAGAACAGGAAGAAGUGUUGGAUGAAACAAGUGGACCCAGUUGGACAGCUGAAGAUUCACAGAUAAUGCACAAUAUGCGUGAACAACUUGCACUUCAACUAAUGCAAAGAAGAGGAAAUACUUGAGAGUUUUAUAUUUUCAUUAUUUGAAAUACUUCUAGUGUUUGAACCUUAGAAUUUGAUCUGAUGUAGUUAAUUAUUUGAAUUAUCUUAUACUUGAGCGUUUGAAAUGGAACGAGAUUAUGUUUAGCUAAAUGAUUUUUUUUGCUAACAAAUUAACGUUGCAUUCUGGAAAAAAAAAAUCAU